AGCAUGGCCGUCGGUACUGCUGCCGCCUUAGCGUUUUUCAGUCAGGAAAGCCGAGUCCGAGCCGAGGGCGUCGGGGGUCUGCGGGUCCCGGCCCCAGUCACUAUGGACAGUUUUUUCUUCGGCUGUGAGCUUUCCGGCCAUACCCGCUCUUUCACCUUCAAAGUAGAGGAUGAUGAUGCGGAGCACGUGCUGGUAUUGACCAUGCUCUGCCUCACUGAGGGGGCCAAAGACGAGUGUAAUGUGGUAGAAGUUGUGGCCCGGAACCAUGACCACCAGGAGAUUGCAGUGCCUGUGGCCAACCUCAAGUUGUCCUGCCAGCCCAUGCUCAGCCUAGAUGACUUCCAGCUCCAACCACUUGUAACAUUCCGCCUGAAGUCAGGCUCUGGUCCUGUGCGGAUCACUGGGCGGCAUCAGAUUGUUACUAUAAGCAAUGAUAUUUCCGAGGAAGAGGAGAGUGAAGAGGAGGCUGAGUUGUGUCCCAUCCUUCCUGCCAAAAAGCACAGGGGCAAGCCCUAGCACUCCUUGGUCAGCCAGCUGCCUGCUACCUGCGCCAUGCACCAUGUUCCUGGACAAGUUUCAAGAAUUUUAAAGUGUUUCUUCUUCACUUGAAGAGAGUUUGGGGUGGGGUUUGGUUUGAGGGACUUGAGCCUGAGCUAGGAAAGGGGCCUGUUCUCCAUAGGGACCUGGUAUUCUGGUUGUGUGCCAUGCCAGGGGCUUCCCUUUUCUCUAGGGGUGGGAGGAAUUCUGAACUUUUAUCCUGAUCAUCCCUCCCUUCCCACCUGCCUAUGAGAAUUGGAGGUUAGUGUCUGGAGGUCAGAACUACAUGUUUUUAACACUUUUUACAUAUUUGGAUGAAGGUUGAAAUAAAGUGCUGUGAAAUUUUU